AUGGCACAAAAUAUCUACGAAUUUCCAGUGCUCUAUCAACACAACCGAAUUGAAAACAUUCAACAAAUGUUGGAUGCACUGGAGCAUUUGGAGAGAGUGAGUGUUUCUGUGUUUCAGAGAAUUACGGAUAAGGUGAAUGAACAUCGGAAUGUUUUGAAUCAAGUGCAACGGAGGGCUGCGGUGGCUCAACAAGCCGUUGAGUGCAUACAGAAUGAACGUAAGAAUGAGGCUACUCGAGUGUUGAGUAGUCCUCAUUAUCCCGACAAGGAAACUAUUGCUAGUGCUGAAUAUAAACCAAGUUUUUCGUUACGGGAUAGAAUUGGUAUUCAACAAAUGGAAUUCCACAAGUAUAAUCCUGGUCCAAAUAAUAUUCUGUAUAAUCACAAGCGCUACAAUCCUAUCGAUCACUUUGAAAAAUCUCCCACCCGUCAAGUCAAACAACAAAAAUCCAAAGCAUCGCUCGUUCUUGCCAAGAAGAUCGAGGAUGGUAUUGGUAAACUUCCUUUCAGUCAUAUCCAAUCAGUGAGCGAAUUACUUUGUUUUAACACCAACAUGAACGUCUAUUCGCGAUAUCAUGGAGCCGAUCCUCUUCUUGCAAACUAUCACACCACCAUGAUGAUGUUGGCCAUGUCGGAUGAGAAAUCAGGCAAUUCACACGAUGGAAAAGGCGGAUCCAACAGUAGUGGCAAUGCACACGAUUUCCUUAGUGCUGCCUCGAGUUUGUACAUUGAUCCUGCACCACCAUCCUUAUCCAAAGAUUCCAUCUAUGACAUGUAUUGGGGCUCAUCGGCAUUACAAGAACAAAAUAUUAAGCCAUUUGUUCCCACCAUUAGAGAAUUACCCAUGUUCGAAUUUCCCUCAAAUCUUGCUUUACCAAAUAUUGUAGACACCAAACAGUGGGAUCUUUCUCUUGACAAUAUGCCUUCCAUUGCUCCAUCUUCGUUGCCCUCUUUGGAUUUAGGAGGUGCCUCUUCCACUGCAACUACUACAGGGUCAACACCCGAGAUGGUUUCUUCUGCCUCAACAACUAAUGCUGGCGUACCUCCACCACCUGUCACAUCUGGCAAUGUUCCUCCACCACCUCCAACGAUGACAGGUGGCAGCAUUCCACCUCCACCCCCAACCAGUAAUGUAUCUCCUCCACCAACUAUGGGAAAUAUUCCACCACCACCAACAACAACAAUGGGCAACGUUCCACCACCUCCAACAUCAACUAUUCCAACUCCUCCAGUUGCUGUAUCAUCAUCCGCUGAGACAGGCGGUGACGCUGAUGCCACUACCAAUGCAGAAGAGGGAGGAGGAGGAGGAGGCGACAGAGCUGAUCUUUUAGCUUCCAUUCGAAACUUUUCAAAGAACAAGUUAAAGAAAGCAAACAAGUAUCGUGAAAAGGAAACAUCAAAAGAAGACUCUGCACCUCAAAAAUCCUCUGGAGGAGGUGGUGACAUGAUGAGUGACUUGUUCAGAAAAAUUAGCCUUAGAAGAAACGCCAUUGAGGGAAGCAAGGAUGAGAACAAGAAAAAGAAGAAGAAAAAGGAAAAGAAGGAAUCUUCUGAUAUUGUUCCACCUCCUCAACCUUCAACACCCACAACAACCACACCUGCUGAUUCAUCGGCUGCAACCGAGUUGCCAGUUAUUCCUCCCCCAGCACGUCCACCAGAAGAGGAUGGUGACUCAGAAUCAGAUGAUGACAGCUGGUAA